AUGGCGCCCGGUGUCCUGUCCUACUCCUCUUCCGGGACAUCGCCUUCCGGGAGUCCUGUCAUGAUGACUCCAAUCGAUCACUCCGAUACCACGUCCGAUGGCUUCACGAGCCUUUCUGUUGGCCCCCUAGAUGGUGUCGGCCUCGGCGUCAACGGCCAGCCGAUGAACGGUCACUCUAAUGGUCACUCCAACGGCCACUCAAACGGUGCCUCUUACACCAACCCGGUCGGUGGCAGCGACGCCGGCUUGAAGCAGAUGCCCAUUGCCAUUGUCGGUAUGGCAUGCCGCAUGCCUGGCAGCGUCUCGAGCCCUGCCGAAUUCUGGGAGCUGUGCUCCCGCGCCAGAACUGGCUUCACUCCCGUUCCCAAGGAGCGCUUCAACCACGAGGCCUUCUACCACCCGAACCCAGGCAAGACUGGCGCUUACCACGCCUCUGGUGGUAACUUCUUGGACGUCGACUUGGCGUCCUUUGAUGCCCCUUUCUUCGGCUUGACAGAGAAGGAGGCCAUCUCAAUGGAUCCCCAGCAACGUUUGUUGCUCGAGUGCACAUUCGAGGCACUUGAGAACGCUGGUAUCCCCAAGCACACAAUCGUCGGCAAGGACGUUGGUGUUUUCGUCGGUGGUAGCUUUGCUGAGUACGAAAGUCACCUUUUCCGCGACAGUGACACGAUACCCAUGCACCAGGCCACAGGAUGUGCCCAUGCGAUGCAGUCCAACCGACUCUCACAUUUCUUCGAUCUUAGAGGACCUAGUUUCACAGCAGACACUGCCUGCUCAGCCAGUCUGGUCGCACUGCAUUUGGCGUGCCAGAGUCUGCGCGCUGGCGAGGCCACCUCUGCGAUUGUUGGCGGUUGCCAUCUGAACAUGCUCCCUGAGUUCUGGAUCUCUUUCUCAUCAUGCCGAUUGCUUUCAGACACAGGUCGCUCUAUUGCCUUCGACAACCGUGGUACCGGAUUCGGUCGCGGUGAAGGUUGCGGCAUCAUUGUCCUCAAGCCUCUUGACCAGGCCAUCAGGGAUAACGACUCCAUCCGUGCCGUUAUUCGCGGUACCGGCAUCAACCAGGAUGGCAAGACGCCCGGCAUUACAAUGCCAAGUGGUGCGGCACAGGAGAAACUCAUGAAGCAGGUCUACAGAAACGCAGGCCUCGACCCUCACGACACUGGUUACGUUGAGGCCCACGGUACGGGUACCAAGGUUGGUGACCCGAUUGAAGCCACCGCUCUCCAUAAUGUCUUUGGCCAAAACAGAUCCGCCAAGGAUCCCCUCUUUAUUGGCUCUGUGAAGUCCAACAUUGGCCAUUUGGAAGCCGCCUCUGGUAUUGCUGGUGUCAUCAAGGCAGCUAUGAUGCUGGAGAGAGGUUUCCUCUUGCCCAACCAUGACUUCAAGAAGCCCAAUGAGAAGAUCCCUUGGAAGGAGUGGAACAUGAAGGUUCCCGCCACUCAGAGGCCUUGGCCCAAGAACAAGAAGUACAUCAGCGUCAACAACUUCGGUUUCGGUGGCACCAACGCCCACGUCGUCCUUGAGAAGGCGCCUUUCAACGCUGCCCCCAAGCCUGACAACAAGACAUUGCCUAAUCUUGAUGCUAAGAAGACCAAGGGCAGCAAGAAGCUGUAUGUCUUGUCUGCCAACGACAAGAACUCCGUUCAAGCUGUCAUGAAGAACCUCGUCGUCUACCUCGAGCAGAGGCCUGAAAUUUUCCAGAACGACCUCAUGGACAACAUCGCGUAUACCCUUGGUUCGCGCCGUUCUAUGCUUCCUUGGAGGGUUGCCAUCCCUGCUGAUGAUUCCUUCGAGCUCAUCGAGACCCUUAACAGCGGCAAGGUUAUUCCCGGAAAGGAGUCAGAGCCGUUGAGGAUCGGCUUUGUUUUCACCGGUCAGGGUGCUCAGUGGUACGGCAUGGGCCGCGAGCUCUAUGGCCAGUACCCUGUCUACACCGCCGCCAUCGACAGAGCCGACGAGUGCCUGAGAAAGCUCGGCGCCGACUGGUCUCUCAAGGAGGAGCUUAGCAAGGACGCCGAGACCUCCAAGGUCUCUGAGGCUCACAUCAGUCAGCCCGCUUGCAGUGCCGUCCAGCUCGCGUUGACGGACUUGCUCCGCACCUGGGGUAUCCGCCCCGUGGCCGUUGCUGGCCACUCCAGUGGUGAAAUCGGAGCGGCAUACGCUGCCGGUAUCAUUGGCUUCGACGCCGCCAUGGCCAUUGCCUACCACCGCGGCAGACUCAUCCCCAUCCUCAAGAAGAGACACCCUGAACUUCAGGGUGCCAUGAUGGCUGUCGGCGGCACAAAGGAGGAAGUUCAGCCCAUGAUUGACGCUUUGAAGGAGCAGCAGGUCAGAAUUGCCUGCUACAACAGCCCUUCCAGCUUGACCAUUUCCGGUGACGCCGGAGCUCUCUCUGAGCUUGAGAAGAACCUCGAGGAGAAGCAGAUGUUCAACAGACGUCUGCAGGUUGAGACUGCCUACCAUUCUCACCACAUGAACCUGGUUGCCAAGGAGUACAGAGAGUCCAUCUCUGAGCUCCCUCACCCUCGCACUACUGACGUGCGCUUCCACUCUUCUCUCUAUGGCCACCAGAUCGAUGGCUUCGAGUGCCAGGCCCACUACUGGGUUAACAACCUGACCUGCGCUGUCCGUUUCUCUGAGGCUCUUGAGACCAUGCUGGAGCCCGUUGGUGACCACAAGCACGGUGUCAACAUGAUCAUCGAAUUGGGCCCCCACUCUGCGCUCCAGGGCCCCAUCAAGCAGAUCCUCAAGCAUGUUGGUGACAGCGCCAUGAAGAUCCCUUAUGCUGCUCCUCUUAUCCGCAAGAAGGACGCUUGCGAAUCUGCCAUGGACUUGGCGUGCAGUGUCAUCACCAAGGGUGCCAUCCUCAACAUGGACGCCAUCAACUUCCCCAACACAACCAAGAAGCCAUCCCUGCUCACUGAUCUGCCUCGAUAUGCCUGGAACUACCAGAACAAGUACUGGCAGGAGUCUCGCAUGACUCAGAUGCACAAGUACCGCAAGUCUCCACGAAACGACUUGAUCGGUCUCGAGGCCAUCUACUCCAGUGACCUUGAGCCUACCUGGAGAAACAUUGUCCAUCUUGACGAUCUUCCUUGGCUCCGUCAUCACCAGAUCCAGUCCUUGACUGUCUUCCCCAUGGCUGGUUUCAUCGGUAUGGCUCUUGAAGCCUCCGCUCAGUGGGCGCAGCGUAAGGAGAUCUCAUUCGAGAAGUUUGAGCUGAGAGAUGUCUCUGUCAUCAAGCCUCUGGCGCUGAACGACACUGAUGUUGAGAUGACCAUCAACCUCCGUCCCCAUCAGGAGACCAACCUUACUGCCUCUGAGACCUGGAAGGAGUUCCGCAUUUGCUCCUGGUCGCAAGGCAGCGGUUGGACUGAGCACUGCGUCGGUCUCAUCGCCCUCCAUGGUACCGAGACCAACGAGGUCGACGGCAAGGAGCAGAAGCUCGCUGCCCGCCGUGGCGCUGAGGCUACCAUCAAUGCCAGUGAGGGCCCUGACUCUGUUUCCGUUAACGAGACUGAGAUGUACGAGCGCCUCACUGAGCUUGGCGUUGGCUACGGCCCUACAUUCCAAGGUGUCAAGAAUUGCAAGGCCUCCAACAAGUACUCCGUUGGAAGCAUUGCUGCCGCCGACAUCGCCAAUGACAUGCCCAAUCACUACAUGACGAGCACUGUCCUCCACCCUACCUUCUUGGAGUCUCUCAUUGAGAUGUACUGGCCCAUUCUGGGCGCUGGGCGCACUGACAUCAACACUGUCUACCUUCCAUCAUCGAUUGCGAGAAUAUGUAUUUCUCGUGAUAUCACCGCCCUAACCAAGGAGGCCGGCAGCACCCUCAAGGCCUAUGCCAAGGCUGAGUUCUCUGCCACCGAGGUUCGCCCCACCAAGGUCUCCAUCUUUGCCACCAACGAGGCCAAGGACUUGGUCAUUGAGAUUGACGAGCUUACCGUUUCUCCCAUCAUUGACGGCGAGACUCAGUUGGGCAACAACCCUGCUCGUGAGCUUUGCUACAAGCUCGACUGGGAGGCCAUCGGUGACCUCAAGUCUCUCUCCGGCAAGGCCAAGAAGAGUGCGUCCAACGGAGUCAAGGUUGAAGCCCCUCUACCAGAUGUUGACCUCGCUAUCAUCCACGGCGAGUCCAACUCCCAGCAGAUGUUGGCGAACGGUCUGGCUAUUGCACUGGCUAGCUCCACUUCCAGACUUCCUGAGAUGGGUACCCUGCAUGAGGUCAACACCGAGGGCAAGCUCUGCAUCGUGCUCACCGAGAUCGAGCAGCCAUUCUUGGCCAACCCUACCAAGGAGCAGUUCGCUGAUAUCCGCAACAUGAUUGCCGGUGUUCAGGGCUGCCUCUGGGUCGUCCGUGGUGCCUAUGACAAGGCCACCUCUCCCGAGUCUAACAUGAUUGUUGGUCUCAGCAGAAGUGUCCGUUCUGAGGCUGUCCUUCCCUUCGCCACUCUUGAUCUGGAUGAUACCAAUAAGUUGGAUGAGGAUGAUGCUUCCGCUGUCAUCUACGAGAUCUUCAAGCUUGCCUUCAACACCAAUGCUUCCUCCACCAGCGAGCUUGAGUUCAUGGAGCGCUCUGGCAAGUUCUUCACUCCUCGCAUCGUCCACGACGAGGAGAUGAACGAGUUCGUCCACCGUGAGACUAACCCCAGCAUUGUCGAGCUUCAGCCCUUUGGCAAGGAUAACCGCUGCCUCAAGAUGGAGUUCUCCACCCCUGGCGCUGUUGAAACUGUUCACUUUGUUGAUGAUGUCUCUGUCACCCAGCCUCUUGGUGAUGAGGAUGUUGAAUUCGAGGUCAAGGCUGUCGGUAUGAACGUCCGCGAUGUCAUGCUCGCCAAGGGCCAGAUUCCUGACGCUUCCAAGCAUGCUCUUGGUGUUGAGGCCUCCGGUAUCAUCACCAGAGUUGGCUCCGCUGUCAAGUCUCACAAGGUCGGUGACCGCAUUGCCGCUCUUACCAUUAGCAACGGUGCCUAUGCCACCCGCACUCGCACCACAGCCGCCAAUGUUAUGCCCAUCCCUCCCAAGAUGUCAUUCGUGGAUGCUGCCACCCUCCCUCUUGCCUACUGCACUGCCUACUACAGCUUGAUUGAACAGGCUCGCCUUCGUGAGGGUCAGCGUGUGCUCGUUCACUCUGCCGGUGGUGGCAUUGGCCAAGCCUCAGUCUGCCUUUCCAAGAUGAUUGGCGCCGAGGUGUUUGUCACUGUUAGCUCCGCAGCUAAGAAGAAGCUCCUCAUGCAACACUACAAUAUUCCUGAGGAUCACAUCUUCUACAGCCGCAACACCACCUGGAGAGCCGCUGUCAGACGCGCAACCAACGAUGAGGGUGUUGAUGUCGUACUCAACACCCUGCCUGGCGCUGACGCUUUGAGGGAGAGCUGGGCUUGUCUCAGCCGCUUCGGAUAUCUUGUCGAUGUCCGCCGCAAGGAUGGCUCUCGCGCCAGUCGCCUGGACAUGGGCCAGGCCGAGACCAAUGCUUCCUUCUUGAGCGUUGAUAUUUUCGGCCUCGCCAAUGAGAGACCCAAGAUCAUGGAGAGACUCGUCAAGGAUGUUUCUAAGCUUCUCGCUGACGAUGAGCUCCGGCCUAUCGACCCUGCAACCGUCUUCCCUGUCUCUACCAUGGAGACUGCCUUCAAGACGCUUCAAAGCAACCAGGGCCCCGGCAAGUUGGUCGUUGUUCCCAGCCCCACCGAUGUGGUCAUGGCCACUCCUUCCAAGGCUAUGAUGACCUUGCUCAAGGGUGACGCUACCUACCUCCUCAUCGGUGGUACUGGUGGUCUCGGUCGCAGCAUGUCCAGGUGGAUGGUCGCUCACGGUGCUAGGAACCUUGUCCUUCUGUCUCGUAGCGGCUCUGCCACUGGCAAGGUCAAGGAGCUCAUUGACGAGGCCGCGGAGGAGGGUGCUCACAUCACCGUCCGCCCCUGCAACGUCGCCGACAAGGCCAGCGUUGAUGAGCUCUUCAACACUGGUCUCAAGGGUCUGCCCCCUGUCCGUGGUGUUAUCCACGGUGCCAUGGUUCUUCGCGAUGUCCUUUUCGAGAAGAUGACCUACAGCGACUAUACCUCGGUCACCGAAUCCAAGGUCCAGGGUGCCUGGAACUUCCAUAACGCCCUGCAAGAGCGCAACGUUCCUCUGGACUUCUUCGUCGCCAUCUCCUCUGCCGCCGGCGCUGUCGGUAACCGUGGCCAGGCCGCCUACGCAGCCGCUAACUGCUUCCUUAACGCCUUCGUCCAGCACCGUCUCGCCCAGGGUCUGCCCGCUGUUUCCCUUGAUCUUACCGCUGUCUCCGAUGCCGGCUAUGUUGCCGACAGCGGUGCUGAACGUGCUGCCGAGGUCAUGAAGAACUUGGGCUCUGAUACCAUCUGCGAGGCCGAGGUUCUCGCUCUCUUGGGAGCUUCCAUCUCCGGCAAGACGUCCAUCUGCAACCACCAUGUCAUCACUGGUAUGCGCAUCACCCCUACCGUUCAGCCGUUCUGGACGCCCGACGCCAAGUUCAAGGGCAUGCGUCUGGCUGCCGAGGAGCUCGCCGCUGCCGAGGCCGGUUCUGGUGCCGUGUCUCUGAACGCAGCCCUCAAGGCUUCCCGCAGCGAGGCCGAGGCUAUGGAGGUUGUGUGCCGCGGCCUGGUCGAGAAGAUUGCCGCCGUCCUGAUGAUGGAAACUGAGGAUCUUGAUGUCACCCGCAGUUUGUCACACUACCCUCUGGACUCCCUCGUCGCUAUCGAGAUCCGCAACUUCAUUACCCGCGAGUUCGAGGCCAACAUGCAGGUCCUUGAAUUGCUUUCCAGCGGUAGCAUCCAGACGCUCACCAAGGCCGUCUGCAAGAAGAGCAAGCUUUGCGUCGGCUUCGACUGGAGCAGUUAG